AUGAAUAUCGGCUCUCUACUUCAUUCGUCCGCCUUCGCCGCACCUUGUGCUGAUCUCUCUGCCUCUUCCUUCCUCCCGACACUCAUCGUCGGAUUGAAUCUCGAUCUCCCUUUCUCUGCCGGACGAUCUCGUGGCCCGUCGAUAAGGUUUUAAUCGACUUGCUACGAUGAGUUCCGGAAGGGCUAAAGGGAUCUUCGAUGGGUCGCCGAUUCCUGCUGAUAAAGAGGAUUGAUGAAAGUUGAGCUGUGAGCCGUUUAGAUUCAUUGCCACAUGUUGUCCACAUGUUGACAUCAAAAGAUCAUGAAGGUGAAGUUCAGUUCUUGAAGGAACAGAGAGAUCUUGUUGAGGAUGUUGUGGAUGAAGUUGUUCACGUUUAUCAUCAUGGGUUUAAUAAAGCAAUUCAAUACUUCUCUCAAGAUUCUGCGGUUGUUUAGUGAAUCUGCUAAGAGUAUUUCUGUUGAUAUGGCUGAUGCAAAGAAACUUCUUGGCUCUCACAAUAAGCAACUGCAUCAAUUAUGGUACCACUCUCUUAGUUUGCGCCAUGCACUAGCUUUGUUGGAUCAAAUUGAGAGUGUAUCUAAGGUUCCUGCUGAAAUUGAGAAACUGAUUUUAGACAAGCAGUUCUAUGCUGCAGUUCAGCUACAGGUCCAGACAAUGCUGGUGCUAGAGAGAGGACUUCAAGUGGCUCUUGCAUCCAUACCAUCAAUUAAUAGUGAGGCAGUUCAACAGAGAUUAGAUAAUGUCCGGACGUAUUAGAGCUCUUAAAUUUGCCUUUUGAGGCCUUGGUAGCAUUCAUUCAAGAACAUGAUUACUUCUUUACUCAAGAAGAGCAAGUGAUAUAUACUAGAGAAAAUGCAAGAUGUGACAAUGUAAUUUUGAAGUGAUUAAUGACUGUGUAUAUAUAUAAAUCCUUUGUGCAGGUAUUCCAGCCUUCUGAAGGUUAAUGUACCAGUAGGGAGAUUCCGGACGAUGCAGAGAAGCGCAUCUCUGGGAUAUUGAGUCACUAGAUCCCCUGACGCUACUCAUGAUGCCUGUAUCUGGAUCAUGCUUCGAUACUGUUAUCAUGAUCAUGCUUUGGCUAUGGUGAGGUCGUGCUCAUUUUUGGUAACAUGAUCUAAUUGCUUUAUCUUACAGCUAGCCAUGGCUAUUCUUCAUACUUGUUCAUACUCUUCUGUAUGAAUUCCUUGUAAAUUUCUAUGAGAUUGCUGCCUAUUACCAUCAGUUCCUUUCUACUCAUCAACUGCAAGGUUGAUAUCAUUGUUUCUCGAGCCAUUUGUCAUCCUAAUUCUGCA